GUUUGCUGGGCUUCAGGGCAGGGCAGGUUUCAAGGAUUCUGGGGCCGCUUAGGCUCUGGGAUGGGGCUGGUUCCAGGGGUCUCUGGGGUACUGGAGUUUGAGAUGGCUCCCUGCCCCCAGGACAAGCCGGUGGUGUGCCUUGCCAACCAGAACGGCUCGCAGGUGGAGUGUGAGCUGGGGAACCCCAUGAAACGUGGAGCCCAGGUGCGCUUCUACCUUAUCCUCAGCACUCUGGGCAUCACCCUGCAGACCACCGACCUGGCAGUGGAGCUGGCCCUGUCCACGUGAGCCGCACUGG